AUGGAAGCCCUGCUGUCCCUCGCCUUCGACAACCUCUCCUCCUACGACGGGCCCAAAGUGCGCAAGGGCCUGCGCCAAGUGGAAGGUCUCCUGGCGCAGAUAUGCCUCUCCGACGGUCGAGCAGCCGCCGCGCGGCGCCAGAGCUGCGCAGACGACGAGGGAGACACGCCCACGAGCCCGCCUCGCAAGGACCUCGGCGAGCUGUCGCAGGACCCGGCGUUUCGCGAAUUCUUCAAGCUGCAGGAAGGAUUCGAGUGGAACGUGGCGAUGCGGCUCAUCGGCACGCUGGACCGGCUGAUGGCCAAGGGGAGCGACGGGCAGAACGACCUGCUGAUCCUGAGCGCGCUCGACCUCAUCCAGGGCGUGCUGCUGCUGCACCCGCCCAGCAAGACGCUCUUCUCGCGGGAGCAGAACAUGAAUCUCCUCCUCGACCUGCUCGAGCCCUUCAACUGCCCUGCCAUCCAGUCGGCCACGCUGCUGACGCUCGUGGUCGCCCUCAUCGAUGCCCCCGGCAACACGCGCACGUUUGAAGGCCUCGACGGCCUGCUCACCGUGACAUCGCUCUUCAAGUCCCGCAGCACCUCGCGCGAGGUCAAGCUCAAGCUCGUCGAGUUCCUGUACUGCUACCUCAUGCCCGAGACGCCGUCGAUCCCGCGCGCCGACCAGCGCGACUCUGUGCCUGCCAUGCUGCAGCGCAGCCCUAGCAAGCUCGCUGGUGCGUUCAACGCCGAGUCGCGUCGCAGGCGUGCCGACAGCUCUGGCCUGGUGACGCUUACUACGGAGGAGAAGCAGGAACUUCUCAGUCGGCACCUGAGCAGCGUCGAGGACCUGGUCAAGGAUCUUAAGAAUUGCGCCCCCUUUGGAGGAGUGGUGUGUUGA